AUGAAGGCUGCCUACACCGCCUAUCGAUGCCUCACCAAAGACCUAGAAGGCUGCGCCAUGAACCCGGAGCUGACAAUGGAAAGUCUGGGCACUUUGCACGGGCCGGCCGGCGGCGGCAGCGGCGGGGGCGGCGGCGGGGGCGGCGGGGGCGGCGGCGGGGGCCCGGGCCAUGAGCAGGAGCUGCUGGCCAGCACCAGCCCUCACCACGCGGGCCGCGGCGCCGCUGGCUCGCUGCGGGGCCCGCCGCCGCCGCCGCCGCCGCCAACGGCGCACCAGGAGCUGGGCACGGCGGCAGCGGCUGCAGCGGCGGCGUCGCGCUCGGCCAUGGUCACUAGCAUGGCCUCGAUCCUGGACGGCGGCGACUACCGGCCCGAGCUCUCCAUCCCGCUCCAUCAUGCCAUGAGCAUGUCCUGCGACUCGUCCCCGCCCGGCAUGGGCAUGAGCAACACCUACACCACGCUGACGCCGCUCCAGCCGCUGCCGCCCAUCUCCACCGUGUCGGACAAGUUCCACCACCCGCACCCGCACCCCCACCACCACCACCACCACCACCACCACCACCACCAGCGCCUGUCGGGCAACGUCAGCGGCAGCUUCACUCUCAUGCGCGACGAGCGCGGGCUCCCGACCAUGAACAACCUCUACAGCCCCUACAAGGAGAUGCCCGGCAUGAGCCAGAGCCUGUCCCCGCUGGCCGCCACACCGCUGGGCAACGGGCUGGGCGGCCUCCACAACGCGCAGCAGAGCCUGCCCAGCUACGGGCCCCCGGGCCACGACAAAAUGCUCAGCCCCAACUUCGACGCGCACCACACUGCCAUGCUGACCCGCGGUGAGCAACACCUAUCCCGCGGUCUGGGCACCCCGCCCGGGGCCAUGAUGUCGCACCUCAACGGCCUACACCACCCGGGCCACGCUCAGUCCCAUGGGCCGGUGCUGGCGCCUAGCCGUGAGAGGCCACCCUCGUCCUCUUCGGGAUCGCAGGUGGCCACAUCAGGCCAGCUGGAGGAGAUCAACACCAAAGAGGUGGCCCAGCGCAUCACCGCCGAGCUGAAGCGCUACAGCAUCCCACAGGCGAUCUUCGCGCAGAGGGUGUUGUGCCGGUCUCAGGGGACUCUCUCCGACCUGCUCCGGAACCCCAAACCGUGGAGUAAACUCAAAUCUGGCAGGGAGACCUUCCGCAGGAUGUGGAAGUGGCUGCAGGAGCCCGAGUUCCAGCGCAUGUCUGCCUUACGCCUGGCAGCGUGCAAACGCAAAGAGCAAGAACCAAACAAAGACAGGAACAAUUCCCAGAAGAAAUCCCGCCUGGUGUUCACCGACCUCCAACGCCGAACGCUCUUCGCCAUCUUCAAGGAGAACAAACGCCCAUCCAAGGAGAUGCAGAUCACCAUUUCCCAGCAGCUGGGCCUGGAGCUCACGACCGUCAGCAACUUCUUCAUGAAUGCCCGGCGCCGCAGCCUGGAGAAGUGGCAGGACGAUCUGAGCACAGGGGGCUCCUCGUCCACCUCCGGCACCUGUACCAAAGCGUGAUGGAAGGACUCUCAGUUGGGCACAAGUCACCUCCAAAUGAGGACAACAGAUACCAGAAGAGAAUGCAAAGGAAAACGACGCUGGAUUCUUAGCUGGGGCCCUUCACUGGUGAUUUGAAAGCACAAUUCUCUUGAAAAGAAAAUUCUAUUCUAGCUGUAAUCAUAGGCCAGGUGUUCUUUUUG